AGGCUAGCUUUAAGUACGUGGCUAUUGAUUGUUUAUUUUACCGUAAGUAGUAGUUUUACAAAUCGUUUGCGAUCUUUACGCGAUCCGACGACGCAAUGCACUAGCGGAGGCUAUCGACCUUCUCACGGUUACUUGAAUUAACUGUUAUGUUGAUGGAAAUAACUUGGACCACAAAGUCGCAGGGCGGCAGCAAUACGGCCCGGCCAGUUGCGCAAGUUCGCGGGACUCGAUCGGAACGGAGUUAUUACAAAUUGACUAUCAACAGGUUUUCGAUAUGUUUUUCAUAAUAAACUUCCUUUGUUUGCUCGUAUCGAGCUAUGCAGAUUUGUCACAAUAUGACCAGCGUCAAACGGGAGAUGUUAAUGUCCAGGUCGACCUUAAGGAUGUGCAAAUUUAUGCCAUUCUGAAAGGCGACAAAGAAGAAUAUGUGGAUUAUGACUACGCUUACGAUUAUUCAGAAUUAACAAUCAAACCACAAAAUCGCACGACGCCGAAACCAUUUAACGGUACACGUGCAACAACUACGACCGAGCGAGUAGUUACGAGAGAUAAUUCCACAGGUGUUACAACGGUGCUACAAGAACACACAAUCGCACCCGUCAACAAUGAACUAACUACUUUAUUCACUGCUGCUACUGGCGCUCCAGACAAAGACGACAGUACCACGACUGUGAGAACGUAUCCUGACAUCACAUCUGAACAUAAUAUUGGGACGAUUAAGGAUGUUACUCUUGCGCCCACUCAUGGCUCUACCCGUAAAAACUGUAGAAAAGGAUAUGUUUUGAAUAAAAAAGGGCAAUGUCAACUCAAAAUGAACACUACUGAAAAUGCGUUAUUAAGACUGGUUAAAUUAUCGCAAAAAUUGAAAUUAAGGAGAGAAAACAAGAGUAAUGAAAACUCCUAAUUUACAAGCACCUAUCUAUAUACCUACUAUUUAAGAGCGAUUUUUAAAGAUAUUUUAAAGUAGU